ACACAGCGGACCGGUAGCAGUAGACGGGAGUGUUCAGUUAGCUGCAGCCGGUUAGCAUCGCUCUCUCGGUUCUUAACGGCAUAGUUGAAUUCACCUAGUUAGUUUAACCGUCGUAGCAUCCAAACGCGAUUGUAGUUGGGGUCUUUUCGAACCACGACUGUGUGCAGGUUUCCAUCUCUCAUGGGGCUCUAAUGUGACGAGAAGAAGUUGAUGUGAUCAUUACCAGCAUGGAUGGACAGACUCAAAGGAUUCAACUUCUGCCCGCUGACAGCAACAUGGCGCUUGGACACCGAAUCCAGAUUGUAACGGAUCAGCAAACUGGCCAUAAGAUCCAGAUCGUCACACCUCUUGAGUCUCCUUCUACUGGCAAGCAACAGUAUAUUCUGGCAAAUGCAGACUAUUCCCCUGGUGGGAAGGUGAUCCUGGCCAAGCAGGAGAGCUCACCCAACAAGGUCAUCCUAGCAACUCCUGACGCUUCUGGUGUGAACCAGCUGGUCUUUGCCGCCCCUGAUCUGGCAGGGCAACAGAUUCAGUUUAUAACCGAGGGGUCCGAGCCAGCUAUUGUCAGACCGGUUGUAGAAUACUGUGUCGUCUGUGGGGAUAAAGCAUCAGGACGUCAUUAUGGAGCUGUUAGCUGUGAAGGCUGCAAGGGUUUCUUCAAGCGGAGCAUUCGGAAGAACCUAGUUUACACUUGCAGAGGCACUGGGGGAUGUGCAAUCAACAAAAUCCACCGGAACCGCUGCCAAUACUGCCGGCUACAGCGCUGCAUGGCUGUGGGCAUGAAACAGGAUUCUGUGCAGUGCGAGAGGAAGCCUGUCGAGAUGAACAUUCGGGAAAAAUCUCUCAACUGUGCGGCCUCAACUGAAAAGAUCUACAUCCGCAAGAACCUGUGUAGUCCCCUGGCAGCCACGCCCACGUUUGUUUCUGAUAAAGAAACGGCAAGAACAACAAGUUUGCUUGAGUCAAGCAUGCUACUGAACAUUCAGCAACCUUUCUCCAAGGUGGAAAAUACCAUCCUGCUCCCAGCCUCCCCCGACAAGGACGACCCCUCCCAAGGUGACCUGGGUACACUGGCGAAUGUGGUGACAUCCCUGGCUCAUCUCAACAAAGCUCGGGAGGCCAACGACUGCACCAAUGAUCUGAUGGGCGAUGAAGCAUUAAGCAACGCAGACAGUCCGAUGACCGACAUCCAAGGAGAUGACCAAAGCGCGAGCGAUAUAACUCGAGCGUUUGACACGCUGGCUAAAGUCCUGCAUGCUGGUGAACCAAUGGCUGGAGAGUCUUUGGAGGCUACGAUGCAGCUUAUGUCAGGAGACCAGACCGGUCCAGUGGUGGAGCUGGAAGGACCACUUCUCUCUGAAGGACAUAUUCCCUUCAAGUUGAUGAUGCCUCUCCCUGUCCCCGAGUACCUCAACGUCAACUACAUCUGUGAGUCUGCCUCCCGCCUGCUCUUCCUGUCCAUGCACUGGGCUCGCUCCAUACCUGCCUUUCAAGCUUUAGGUGGCCAAGACAACGACAUCAACCUGAUGAAAGCCUGCUGGAAUGAGCUGUUUGCUUUAGGUCUGGCUCAGUGUUCCAACAUCAUGAAUGUUGGGACCAUCCUCAGUGCCAUUAUCAACCAUCUGCAGACCAGCUUACAGGAAGAGAAGUUGUCCCCAGAGCGGGUGAAGAUUGUUAUGGAACACAUCUGGCGGAUGCAGGAGUUCUGUAACAGCAUGACAAAGCUCUCACCAGACGCGUACGAGUACGCCUUUCUGAAAGCUAUAGUUCUCUUUAGUCCCGACCAUCCAGGUAUUGAUAACACCUCACAGAUAGAAAGGUUCCAGGAGAAGGCCUAUAUGGAGCUGCAGGACUAUGUAACCAGGACGUACCCAGACGACUGCUACCGGUUAUCCAAGCUCUUGCUGCGUCUGCCUGCUCUCCGGCUGAUAAGCGCCGCCGUCACAGAGGAACUCUUUUUUGCUGGCCUCAUUGGCAACGUUCAGAUUGACAGCAUCAUCCCUUACAUCCUCAAAAUGGAGUCCACAGAUUAUAACAGCCAGGCGAGCGCUGGCGUCUGACAUCGCGCCGCAUGUGUUAGCAAGACUUUUCUGACUUAGCAAGUGAUCCCACGUUUGACCACUGAGUGGUCACCACCUACUUUAUUUAUAUAUGAACCCCCAUGCUAUCUCCUGGCUCUGGAGGAACCUGCUUCUCAGAAACCAGGGCGGGUGUGCCUGCUGUUAUCGUUUCGGUCAGGAAUGAAUUGACAUCCUAGUUAGCGCUUUUUAUUGUACAUACAAUCAUCAUCUCCCUCUUUGAGCUCUUUCUGAAGACAGAUGAAUCGCCGUGUCCUGUUUCACUGCCUUUGCUACGUCAAGUUUUUUUAUUUUUCUUAAAAGUUCAAAACGUUGUAAUGCUGUAUUUGCAAAAGGUUGUAACCUUUUUUUUUUUUUUUUUUUAUUCUUGGCCGAUCCAAAGGAUAUGGCAGAAGUCUGAUGUCAAGUAUUUGACACCAUGUGGAUUCACUUCUGUGUGUAUAUAUGUAUGUGAGUGUAUAGAAUGCAACGAGAUGGCCUUACGAGGCAGUGCGCCGCAGUUGUUGGACCCAGUGAUGAAUAAUGGUCAUUUAAAAAAAAAUAAACGCAGUCACUUGGGAGC